CAUUAAUGACAGGUCUCCGACCCGAAACGUUAUAUUUUGUCUUUACUUCCACAGGUGCUGGCUGACCUGCUGAGAGUUUCCAACUUUUUAUUUUUAAAUCUCCUUCCGGGGAUCAGCCUCACUCUCUCUCUAACCCACCCCCCCUUCCCCGAACUGAGAGUCGGGGAGUGGAGGGGUGAUAGUUUUGGGCGGACCUGAGGCGGUUGCUAUGGAAACCCUUGCUGCGCUUCCUGUUGCCGGUGCCCACCAUGGAGAGUUGCGGGAAGGCCCCGGUGGCUGUGCACAACCAUGUGGAUAAGGAGACGUUUUUGCAGGAGGUUUACCCGCUGAGAAAACCUGCAGUUCUUAAAGGAAUUUCCCUGGGCACGUGCACAUCAAAAUGGACAGUGGAUUACCUGAGCACAGCUGGAGGAAAUCAAGAGGUGAAAGUCCAUGUUGCUUCAGUACCACAGAUGGAUUUUAUCAACAAAAAUUUUAUCUACAGAACUUUACCAUUUGAUGUUUUUGUGAAGCGUGCAGCAGAGGCAACUCAUGCAGAAUAUUUCAUAUCAGAGGAUGAAAAGUAUUAUUUGCGGUCAUUAGGAGUAGACCCACGUAAGGAUGUUGCAGAUAUCACAAAACAGUUCCCAUCUCUGGCUGAGGACAUCAAUAUUCCAGAGUUCUUUGACGAGGAACAGUUUUUCUCCAGUGUUUUUCGAAUUAGCUCACCAGGCCUCCAGCUCUGGACUCAUUAUGAUGUUAUGGAUAACCUCCUGAUCCAAGUGACAGGAAGGAAGCGAGUGGUGCUGUUCAGCCCUCGAGAUGCACCUUAUUUAUACCUAACAGGUGAUAAAUCUGAAGUCUUGGACGUGGACUCUCCUGAUUUAGAAAAAUAUCCAAAGUUUGCUAAAGCCCAGUGCUAUGAAUGUCAAUUAGAGCCAGGCGAUGUGCUUUUCAUUCCAGCAUUGUGGUUUCAUAACACCCUGGCUAAAGAGUUUGGGGUGGGUGUGAAUGUAUUUUGGAAACACCUUCCAGCAGACUGCUAUGAUAAAACAGACACCUAUGGAAACAAGGAUCCCACAGCAGCCUCGCGAGCAAUGCAGAUUUUGGACCGAGCCUUAAAGACACUAGAGGAACUUCCCGAUGAAUACAGAGACUUUUAUGCCCGUAGAAUGGUUCUACGAAUUCAAAGCAAAUCAUACAGUAGUCAUUAUAAAUAAUGUUUGGAUGCCUUGAUUACAUAGCAGAAAAAAACAUUUACACAGAUACCAUAUUUAUUUAUAAUAAAAUCCAUACUUGAAUAA